AUUAAGACGAGCAAUGUGCAAAGAUGUAUCAGUCGGCGAAGGAACUGCUACAACCAGCAACCUGGUAUCCAAAGCCAAAUGCGCCCAAACAUGAACAGAAUCGCGCUGCUUUCUCUGGUGUCCUUGGCCGCGGCCGCGCCGGUGAUCGUGAACCAGGAUCAGAACUACUACCACCCUCAGCUGUACGGAGGUUUCUAUCCGAUAGAAAGGUCCGAUCAGGAUCAUGGCUCGUCAGGGGGUGGAAGUUACGGAGGUGGCGAUUACGGUGGCAGCUAUGGCGGUGGUGGAAGCUAUAGCAGCAACGACUAUGGUGGCGGAGAUAGUUACAGCAGUGGUGCUAGCUACGGAGGCGGUUACGGAGGCGACUUGGGAGGUCACGCUGGAUACGAAGCGUCUUCGGGAGGUCACGGCGGUUUCGAGGCAUCUUCGGGAGGUCACGGUGGCUACGAAGCAUCUUCUGGAGGUGGCUUCGAAGCAUCCUCUGGAGGACACGGUGGCUUCGAAGGAUCCUCUGGACACUUAGGGUCUGGUGAUUACUCCUCCCUCGGCGGUGGAUACGAAGGUGGUGGCGAUGGUGGCGUUUCUCUGGACGGAGGACAUCACAGUGUAGUCCAGAGUGUCCCUGUAUCCGAGCACGUCGAGGUUACAAAGCCUGUGCCCGUCAAAGUCGUCAAGCAUAUCGGGGUACCAGUUCCUCAGUACUACAAAAUAGCUGUGCCUCACCCGAUACCAGUGGGUAUCCCUCAGCAGUACCCCGUGGCUCAACCAGUGUCAAGGCCAGUGCCUGUGCAAAUCGUGAAGACUGUGGUGGUGCCUGUCGAAAAGAAGGUACCGUUCCCCGUGGAGAAGCACAUCCCCGUGCCCGUGGAGAAGCCGAUCCCCAUCACGAUCGAGAAGCACGUGCCAGUGCCUGUCAUCAAACCGUAUCCGAUCAAGAUCCCCGUCUACAAAACGAUAUACCAUCACACGCGGGAGGAUGGGACUCGCAUGACCUGGGAGGUCAUGGUGGAGGCGGCCAUUUUAUACCCGUUAUUAAAACAAUUGGUGGAGAAGCAAGUGUUCACGAAAGUGGAGAAGAAGGUGCCCACACCAGUAGAGAAGAUCAUUCCUGUGAAGAUCGAGAAGCCAGUUCCGUUUACUAUAGUGAAACACGUUCCUGUUCACGUGCAGAGAACGUUCUUCACCUUCACUUCCGGUAAAAUUGAGAUUUACGUGAUACAGCGCGACUGGCUACACCCGAAAAAGAAAUCACAUUCAACGUUCAGUUCCUGUGCUCAUACAAUUAACGAACCCAUCCGAAUACCUGCAAUUAUGAAUCAAAUUAUUGCAUUGAUGGGCUUCACUGUGUUUGCUGGAGUGGUCUCUGGAGGUCAUUACGACGAAGAUCACGGUCACUCGACCUACGAGGAGAAGUCAAAGCCAGUGGAGAUACCAAUUUAUAAAAAAUAUGCGAUCCCGAUACCUCAUCCGGUGCCAGUGGAAAUUCCUCAAAAGAUAGAAAUCCCGAUCCCGCAGCCUCACAACGUUCCUAUCGAGAUUCCUCAUCCUUACCCGGUCGAAGUCGUCAAGGAAGUUCAAGUUCCCAUCGAGAAACCAGAACCCGUUGUAGUGGAGAAACAUGUGCCUUUUGUAGUGGAGAAGCCGUAUCCAGUAUACGUGGAGAAGAAAUUCCCGAUUCCCGUUGCCAAGCCGUAUCCAGUUCAUGUUCCAGUCUACAAGCACGUAUUCCAUUACACUUCGAAGGGCAAAGGAUGGCACUAAGCUACCGUUCAGCUAGCUGCUGAUCCGCUUGGAAUCUUUUCAACGUCCGAAAAUUAUUUAAAUGAACUCGGUAAUCUGAUCUGUGCGGGCACACUCUCUUUCCAUGUAUUGGAAAUCUGUAAAUUAUUUUGUAAAGCAUGACUAUAUUUUCAUAGAUAGGAAAUCCUAUGGAUAUCCCAUCUGGGAAGAUAUAACAUACCUGUACAGACUAGAUUGUUGACAUCCAGAUUCAUCCACGUCGAUGAUGGCGAUACUCUCUCGACGCAAACGACGUAGAUACGAGGCUCGUAUCGACAUCGUUUCGGUCGACACCAACGUUGCCAAUGCUAUUGUUAUUGUUACGAUUUUAUACACACGUUAAGUUUUCUUACUCUAGUAUCUAGUAGCGUGUUCUUUGUUAAUAAACUAUGUAUGAAAUGUCUCCUGAUGUUGAAUUAAUCAAGAUUACACCAGGGAUGGGUAACAUUUUAUUCGAAUAACGGUUGGGUUGAUCGAAUAUUCCGUAAUAAGUAAAUUCGCCUUUAUUUGUCAUUCUUUACAUUCUUAUCUACAUACGAAUCUUGUCCAUCCCUGAAUCGCACUCGAAGAUCGUUAACCGCUGACGUUCGCGUGCCUGAGUAACCCUGCGCAUGAUUCAAUUAGUCGAGAUUGUUUUUCCUGAGAUCGACAGGAAACGGUAUUGGGUCGUGACGGUAGCAAACGCGUCUUCCUGGUCUAUCGACGGAACAAAGAGGGAACGCGUAACCCCCUCACGCUUCGCUCCCUUGUCAUGUGUUACGGAUCGACUGGAAAGAAACCGGCCACUAGCAGAGAAUUCUGCGCGAUCUUGAUUCCCCAUAAUGAGCCCGAGACAGUAGACAACAACGUUCUUGCAUCGAAACCACUUUUACUCGGGAUGCACUUUCACUGUUCCGCUCGCUGAUACGGGGAGUACCGCGUACGAAUCGAAUCUUCCGUGCAACUUCUCUCCCAUGGC